CUGCAGUCACGCUUCUGACUCUCACCAUCUCUCUUUGCAGACACCCUGUUCCAGCUGAAGUGCAUAGCGGAGCAGCUGAGGGCGCUGGCCGACAGGGCGGGGCAGCUGGAGAGGCUGGCCGAGAAGGCGCAGGAGGACUUCAAGGCUAAGAAGGCCAAAGCGGAGCAGGAGUCCGAGAAUAUGCGAGAGUUGGCCCUGCACCUGGACACGGCCGGGAGUGCCCGGGACCUGCAGAGUAUCUCUGCGGAGAUGGAGAGUUUGGAACAGCUGCUGCGGAACCUGGAUGUGGACCCUUCGGCGAUGGAAGACUUCAUGAGCCUGGCCAGCACGCUGACCGCACACCAGGAGCGCGUGGCCAGGUUCCUCCGGGAGCUCACUGAGGAGACGGGACUCGAGGGGGGUCGAGACCAGCUGCCCGAGGCUCCGUCCACCGGCGUCGGGCAGGACGAGCUGUGA